ACCAUGAAUCGGCAAAACUUCAUCGGAAGAUCGCAUCUCUUGUCUACGAAUCGUUGUCGGCUUUUUCGAGCAGAAAGAAGUAGUUGAGCUGAAUUUUAGGAAAAUCUGAGCUUCCCAUGGCGACACAGACGAGACCCAGUUCUGUAAAGAGCGAGUCACGCGAUGGGUCAUCUUCUCUUGCUUCCAGAGUCAAGAUCGAUCCGUCUUUUAAGGACAAAAAGAAGAUCGCGAGCUCUAGCAGACCGAUUAUGUCGGAUACCAAACCCAGAUCCGCUGUAUCUACCGUCACGGCCAAAUCCGAGGCAAAGCCCAAAAUACCCGUAAAUUCGGUAAAAUCCACAGCAACAACAUCUGCAGCAGCGACCUUGGCGAAAGGUAAAGCGAAAAGGGAGAAGAAGGUUUAUCCCUUACCCGGACAGAAAUAUGAUCCUCCUGAAGAGAGAGAGCCCUUGAGAAUAUUCUAUGAAUCAUUGUCGAAACAAAUACCAGGGAGCGAAAUGGCUGAGUUCUGGCUAAUGGAACACGGCAUGUUGUCUCCGGAGAAGGCGAAGCGAGCCCAUGAGAAAAAGCUAAGAAAGAUGAAGCAAAUCCGGAUGGGAACACCUUCUAAACCGACUCCAUCAUAUUCUAGUAAACCGGAGAGUUCUCAAAGACCAUCUACGUCAAAGAACAUCGGUUUAGAUGCGAGAAAGAAGAAGAAAGUUGUCGAUGAUGAUGACGAUGAUGAUAAUUUCAUCCUAAGCCACAAGAGAAGGAAAGUGUAAACCGUUAAAAAAAAAAUAUUAAAAACGCAUUCGUUACUUUGGAAAAAUAUCCAAUAAUGGAUGUGAUCAAGAA